UGGUGCCAGAGAAGGACGCAAAAGCCAUCAUUGCAAAACCAAAUUUUAGCAAAAUAUUAUAGGAAUUAAGAGACAGAUAUCAUGGGGAGAUCUCCUUGUUGUGAUGAAAAUGGCCUCAAGAAAGGCCCCUGGACUCCUGAAGAAGAUCAAAAGCUUGUGCAGUACAUUCAGAAACAUGGCCAUGGAAGCUGGAGAGCCCUUCCUAAACUUGCAGGUCUCAAUCGAUGUGGGAAAAGCUGUAGGUUAAGGUGGACGAAUUACCUAAGACCAGAUAUCAAAAGGGGAAAGUUUUCUUCAGAUGAAGAACAAACAAUUCUUCAUCUUCAUUCCAUCCUCGGAAACAAAUGGUCUGCAAUUGCAACACACCUACCAGGGCGCACAGAUAAUGAAAUCAAGAACUUCUGGAACACCCAUUUGAAGAAGAAGCUUAUCCAGAUGGGUAUAGACCCAAUGACCCAUCAACCAAGAACUGACAUUUUUGCUUGUUUACCCCAACUCAUAGCCCUAGCCAACCUUAGAGACCUGGUGGAGAAGAACCAAUACCCUUUGGAUGAACAUGCUGUCCGGUUACAGACGGAAGCUCUUCAGUUAGCUAAGUUUCAGUACUUACAACAGUACCUCGCCCUAGCUGCUACUUCAGCGAGCAACAAUAACUCUAUUAUGGAUGCGGAAGCUUUGAAUCUAUUGAACUCUUGGGGUCCAAGUAAUUCUGUCCUAAACUCAUCAGAAGUAAUUGAGAUUAAUCCAUUUAGAAAUGGAGAUGCUACCUCUCAACCACUCCACAAUCCAAGUCUAUUAGACCCACCACAGGCCGCUUUCAAUUUCCAAAUGUCUUUGAAUAGUGACAGGAUAGGCCAGCACUGCUCUAGUUUUACAGAUCAUCAGCAAACUGAUUCCCCCUCAUGUCUUCUUCCAUCGCCGUUGUCUGUUCUUCCGGUGACAGAGACAUCCAUUAGCAAUCCGGCCGGGGAUGCAAGCAGCACUUCUAGCUACAACGGUAGCGCUUCUCCGUACUGGCCAGAGCUUUAUUUUGAUCAGGACGCUAUCUUGCAAGAGAUUUAAUUCCUGGGUGUUGCCUAGCUAUACUUUGUGUUUAAAUUAAAGUUAAAAUAUAUGGAUACCAUUGGCAUCUCAUGUGGCAUAUAUGUAUAUGACAUGUCCAAUACAUAUACAUAUAUGCACAUAGAGGACAUACGUGCAUAAAUUUAAAGGAGUGUAUGCAUGAUAGUGAUACAUGCAUAUUCUGCACAUAAUUUUGGGGGAAUCAUUGUCCUGGUAAAUUUGUUUCUUUUUCCUCUUUCCAGUAUGAAUAGAAUAUUAACUAUGAUUUUACCAGCAAAAGAAAACACACAUGCAUACAAAUUGAUAAGUGGAUACAUUAGUGCAACAAAAUGUGCUCUUUCACGAUGGAUCGAUCGGAACCCAAAGCAAGUGCGGAGCUGAUUAUGUAAAAGGGUGGGAGUGUUAGGACUUAGUGUUAAAUCUUGCAAGGUUGUAAGUUUGUGUUUUAUGUGAUUUCUUGUGCUUAUGUAUACGAAACUACUAAAUGUAAUAUGUAUAAAUAGAUAAGAAUACCUCUU